AAAGAAUACGUGUACCUUCUAUAGUUGAAGAAUUGCGAUAUUUCCGUACACCAUGCUACCAUGAGUUCUACAUGAUCUGUGUGAGCGAUGCGUCGAAAGUUUAUGACGUUUGACAGUUGGACAAUAAAUGCAAGAAAUAACAUCUGAAAAAUACAAUGAAUGAUUAUAAAAUUCCGAUAAUCGAGCCUACUAUCGAUUACACGAAGGUUCCAGCAAUUAACCAGAAAAGGACAAUAUCGUUUAUUAAUCACUUUAUUGUGCAUACUGUUACAUUCCUGAAUAAAUUUGUACUAUCCUGCGAGGAAAGAUUAUUUGAAUUUGAAAAUAAGUUGCAGAGAAUUGAAGCCUCUUUAGCAAUUUUAGAAUCUUGGUUAUCAUCUGUUCCUGAUCUGGAACAGAGUAAUCAAGAAAACACGCAAGGUCCUGUAGGAAGUACUACAGAGGAAAAGCAGAGUACAUCAAAAAUAGAUGAACCUGAUGCUACUACUCAAGAGGAGCCUAAAAAUAUUCAGACUGAGGAACAACCUGUAAAUAAAGAUCCCCGUUAUGAAAAGUAUUUUAAAAUGUUACAUUUUGGUGUAUCGAAAGGAGCAGUUAAAUUACAGAUGCAACAUGAGGGAUUGGACUCGUCUAUAUUGGAUGAUUCCCAGCAUAUAGUUUCUAAGCCGAAGUCUACAGAUAAUGGUGAGAAUGAAGGAGAUUAAAUGAUUAGUUGUAUUCAGGUGUUAAGGAUAAAAAAUAUUUUUGCAUUAUAAGACAAUUAAUAAAAUAAACUAUACAAAUUCCAAAA